CUUGCGUGCCCGGAAGCAAUUUCCCAAAAAGGUAAAUGAAGCAAAAUAUAAAAUGAAUUAGUAUAGCGAAAUCUUCUCCUCUACUCACGCCGUUCCUUCGAGCCGAGCAAAGAGAUAGAGAGGGAGAGAGAGGAUGCAGCAAGAGCAAGCAACGAGUUCCAGAUCCUCCAGCUCUGGCUUGCGCCUGGAAAUCAAAGAAGGCAUGGAGAGCGACGAAGAGAUUCGGAGAGUACCAGACUUCGUCGCCGGCGAGCAGACGGGGCCGGCGGCUUCCGGAAGCCACGGCGGAGCGGCCGCUGCAGGUCCGUCGGUGGCCGGUCAAAGGAAGCGUGGAAGGAGUCCUGCGGAAAAAGAGCACAGGCGGUUGAAGAGGUUGCUGAGGAAUAGGGUAUCGGCGCAGCAGGCUAGAGAGAGAAAGAAGGCUUAUUUAAGCGAUUUGGAAGAGAAGGUGAAGGAGCUGGAGAGGAAGAACAUGGAGCUGGAGGAGAGGCUAUCCACAGUUCAAAACGAGAACCAAAUGCUAAGACAGAUUUUGAAGAACACAACGGUGAAUAGAAAAGGGUCGAGUUCUUCCAUUGGAGAAAGCCUUUCAUGAUCGAUGGGGAAGUUUGCGAGCAGAAGCCCAUAUUUAUUUUUUCUUUUUACUUUUGUUGUCUUUCACUUAGAUCCCAAACUUAACUUUUUCAUGUUGUUGUAAUUAAAACUUAGAAGCAAGAAAGUUGUUUACAAAAACUUUAUACUUACAAACUUC